UGCUUUGUGUUCAUCCCAUGUUGAAAUACCCUCUUGGGUUCUUGAGAAAUCGAAGUAAUUUCGUUGAAGAAAGUGUUUUUUGAGUGUUUUGAGACAUACCCAUCGCAAAAAAUGUCUAAUUUUGUGUUGUCAUUGUCAUUUUGGGUUACAUUUUUGUGUUGUCUUCUUUGUUCUUCCCAAGCUCGAUGGCAUCAUCAUUCCAAGCAAAAACACUCUCACCAUCAUAAACGUAGCUACAUUUCACAUCCUCCUACUCCUUCUCCUUCACCGGGCGAUGGCGAUUACAUUAACGAAACGAAUAUCUUUGACGUGCGAGGCUUUGGUGCUGUCGGCGAUGGCGUUGCCGACGACACUGAGGCGUUCAAGAUGGCUUGGGAUACGGCGUGCCAGAGUGACGACGCUGCAGUCGUGCUCGUUCCUUAUGGCUACUCGUUUAUGAUUCAAUCAACAAUCUUCACUGGCCCUUGCCAUGGUCAUCUCAUGUUAUGGGUUGAUGGCACAUUGAUGCCACCGGAUGGCCCUGAUGCAUGGCCGAGGAAUGCUAGUCGCCGGCAGUGGCUGGUGUUUUAUAGAAUUGAUGGGAUGUCCUUAGAGGGUGGAGGUGUGGUUGAUGGGCGAGGUCAAAAAUGGUGGGAUCUUCCUUGCAAACCACACAAGGGACCAAAUGGAACCACGUUACCGGGACCGUGUGACAGCCCAAUUGCUAUAAGGUUCUUCAUGAGCUCGAAUUUGACUGUCCAAGGACUUAAAUUCACAAACAGUCCUCAGUUUCACUUCAGAUUCGACGGCUGCAAAAAUGUUCAUAUAGAGUCAAUUCAUAUAAAGUCUCCGGGUCUUAGUCCCAACACGGAUGGUAUCCACAUUGAAAACACAAAUGACGUCGGGAUAUAUAAUUCAAUCAUUUACAAUGGGGAUGAUUGUGUAUCAAUUGGGUCGGGUUCAUAUGAUGUAGAUAUCAGAAACAUCACGUGUGGACCAAGUCAUGGAAUCAGUAUCGGAAGUCUCGGUGUUCGCAACUCGAGAGCCUGUGUUACAAACAUAACGGUCAGGGACUCGGUGAUCAAAGACUCAGACAACGGUGUUCGGAUCAAGACAUGGCAAGGUGGCUACGGAGCCGUAAGAGGAAUAACAUUUAGCAACAUUCACAUGGACAACGUUAGGAAUCCCAUCAUUAUCGACCAAUUUUACUGUCUAACCAAAGAUUGCACCAAUCAAACCUCAGCUGUUUCAAUAUCAGACAUUGAAUACACAAACAUCAAAGGAACAUACGACAUUCGAAGCUCGCCUAUGCACCUUGCCUGCAGCGACGCCGUCCCGUGUACCAACCUAACGUUGUCGGAGAUCGAGCUCCUUCCUGCUCAAGGAGAUAUAGUGUUGGACCCUUUUUGUUGGAAUGCUUAUGGAGAUCUUCAAACACUUACUAUUCCCCCUGUCUCAUGCUUGCAAGAGGGGCUUCCUUCUUCUAUCAAAUUAAACAAUGACAAUGAGUAUUGUUGAUCCUUACCACAACAUACAAUCAUAUGUACAUAAAAUAAUCAGAGGAAUGUAGCUCGUUCAAAUUUAUAUGUCAUGUCACACGAUACCACAAAACAAAACAACUCCUAUCAAGUAGUUGAUUUAUAGCUACGUUAUA